ACGUUUUGAUUAAUAACGGGCUUGAAUGGUGUAAUUGAAACGAUAUGAGAGGGAGACGCUGAGAUAAUAGAUGUCGGAAGACACGGAAAUAAACAUAAUAGACGUCAGAGACGAAAAAACAUUCACUGAUUUUAAUGAGUUCAAGUACGUUUGAUCAAAGUCAGAGAACCGGCGAGCCUUUCUUAGAAGAUGAUACAGUCUGACGAAAUGCUUAUUCCUCGAAUAUUCUAUUUUACGAAACUAUGGACUUGAAAUACAUUCUGCGGACUAAUUGAUUGGAGUUGAAUUGUUUGAGGUUGUUGAGUCGCAAUGACAAAAGCGACAGUCGCUGAAAAAUCAGUCGCUAAGAGGGUUCCUUAGGGUCCCCCGAAUAGACGUUUCUUCAAAUGUUUUGGCAUUGCAUACAACUACUCCUACAACAGGAAAAAACUACCGAUUUUUUUGGGAUAAACUUUGAGUUGAUGCGAAAGCUGGUGUAGCGUGAAAUGCAGUCAAUUGGCACGAAUUAAGACGCAAUUAAACGGCUUCGCGCAGACAGCUGGACGCUUUUCCAAGUUAUUUCUCAAAGGACGCGCGGAAGGGAAGAAAUUGAAGGGGAAAAAGAAAUUCACUAAUGAGGAAUUGAACAUCAGCGAGGAGUCAUAUAUUACAGAAAUAAAAUAUGGAAUUCACGAGUGUCUCGAUAUCCUUCGUCGAAGGGAUCUCGAAUCAGGUUUGUGGUGCAUCUGGAAUAAAAAUUAGUGACACGUGGAUUUUGACAAGUGGACUCCUAUACACAAGAGGCCCACACAAAGAUGACGAUAUCCUGCAGUUCAUUCGUAGUUUAAAGCCAGGAGUUCUAACAUGCAUCCCUCUCCCCCCCAAAAAAUCUCAUCUUAGAGUUUGCGUGACGUCAAGGAGGGGUCCAAGGUCGUUGGGGUUGAAUGAGACGUCAGUGGAAGAUUGUAAAAUCAGUGAGACGUAUGGAAUAAUUAGCGGCGCCUGGCGAUGUCCUCUCCUCUCUGACACACUCGAGAAUUUAUUCCACGAUUGGAGUUUCGAAGAGGAUUCCAAGAAAACAGACAAAGACCUGUUGACGAUAUUUUUAAUCGUCCGUUUGAAUGAUGAAGAAGAGGAAUUCACUGGAGUCCAGAUGGUGAAAAGUGCAGAAGAGUCUCUGAAUCAUUUGUUGGGUAUGUGUCAGCCCCUCGAGACUCCUGGAAGAGGAGUCCACAUGUUGAUUGAAUCAACGCCGUUUGGAAAUCCCGUGUUCAUUGAUUCAGUCGCUCGUGGAAUAGUCAGCAAUGUCCUGGGUACACAUGAUUGUGUCAUGCUGACAGACGCCAAUGCAGUUCCUGGAUGCGAGGGUGGUCCAGUGUACGCUAUGACACCGAACGGAAGAAGACUCUUAUGUGGGAUGGUGAUUGCUCCCCUGAGCUGGUGCCGGGGCGAGUGGGUGGGUUAUACACAUGUUGCGCGUCUCGUUCCCUGCCUGAUGAAGCUACUCAGGAAGCACGAGAGCAUCGAAAAUUGUGUUACGGGUUAUGGCGAUAUCAGUCUCACGGAGCUGUUGGAUAAAAGUGUGGUACUCGUGCGAUGUGGAUCCGAGUGGGGCAGUGGAAUAGUCCUAGAUCGUGAUACUGGUACCAUUCUCACUUGUUCCCAUGUUGUUAACGAGGCGCCUGAAAGACGCAUAAGGGUUGUCCUCCCUACUAACGAUAAUCGAGAAUCUUCAUCCUCAAUAUCGGCUGCGUGGGCGACACUUGUAUAUCGUACACCACGAGGACAGCCAUAUGACGUUGCUGUUUUGAGUGUUGACACACUAGUGAUGGACCCCACGCUGAGGGCCCUUAAGAUAGCUGAUGAAGGGGCAGAAAAUGGUGAAAUUGUAGUUAGCGCUGGAUUUCCAUUUUUCAAUUCGACUCUUCCAACGAUAACACGUGGAAAUAUUUCGAGGGUAUCGACAUGCAUGCUACAGACCACAUGUUGUGUUCAAAGUGGUGCCAGCGGUGGGCCAAUUGUCCGAUCAACAACUGGUGAAUUACUGGGAAUGGUUGUGUGCAAUAUUAUAACAUCUAGGACUCUCUAUCCUAAGCUAAAUAUGGCUGUGCCAAUGGCAGCUAUCAAGGAAUCAAUUAUUGAUUACAUAAAGACAGGAUGUGGCGAUGUGUUGUCAGCUCUGACCAAUCAGGAUGCUAAUGUUCGUGACGCCUGGAAUUUCCAUCUCCCUUCGAAAAUAUGAGGCACAUUACAAUAUUUUUCCGAUAAUUAAGUGGAUAAAAACAAGUGUCUUGUGUUAAACUGAAAAUAGACAAUCAUGCAAACAGUCCAA